AUGGCAAGCAGCCAACUUGUCCUGAUCGCUUCGUUGCUCCUUGCAGUAGCCUUUCCACUGAUAACCGCCUAUGGCAAAGCGCCAGCCAAGUCUACAGAGAAGACUUCCCAAGUGGUGGUUGAAGGCAUGGUCUACUGCCAGAGCUGUGAUAACUAUGGAUCAUGGUCUCUUUCAGGAGCUAAGCCCAUUGCAGCAGCUAAAGUUAGUAUUAUCUGCAAAAAUCACAUGAGAAGAGUGAGCUUCUAUAAGGCAUUUCAAACAGAUAAAAAUGGGUACCUAUUUGCACCGCUGGAAGGAUUCAAAAUGGGGAAUUCUUAUCUUGACCAUCCUCUACAUUCAUGCCGCGUAAAACUGGUUGACUCUCCUCUGGAAAACUGCGAUGUGUUCACUAAUGUCAACUAUGGAAUCACUGGUGCUCCACUCCGAUUUUUAGACAAAACACUGAGGCGAAGUAACUAUGAGGCUGUGAUUUAUGCUGCAGGCCCCUUCGCUUUCCGACCAGCUUACUGCCCACCUAAACCAGAAUAUUAAUUGAUUUCCACCAUGUACUUUUAUGUUUUGAUCUUUUUACUGGUUUUAUGCUUUCACCAGAGUCUUGGAGUAUAAUUUUUCCUUUUCUCUGUAACCAUAUGCUGAAUUAUGCAACAUUCUUCACAUUGCAGCAACAUUUUGCUCUCAUUCCAUAAUUGAUUACUCCAUAUUACAACCUCCCUCCAUCUGUUCCUCUGCCCCCCCCCCCCCCCCCCCACACACACACACACACAUCUAUCCAUCAAUCUAUAAGUGUGAACCGUGAAAUCUCAACCUUCAACCUCCAUCACACAUCUCAAAAUUUAGGCAGGACGCAAAUGAAAACGAAACCAGUCAACAAACUCAAAACUCCAUAUAUAUUUUAAGAGAAAAUAAAGAAGACUUUACCAGCAUCUUAGAAAU